GUUGCAGCCCAUCUCCAGCUUCGUACCAGCUGCAGAUCUAAGGCAGCUGACUGGCCUGCCAAAAAACCUAAACACGUCGAGCACCAGGGAGUGGCUUGUGCCAGAGCUGAAUAAUGAGGAUCCCAGCACACUUAUAAAGAGAAGCAGAGAGCUCACCACAGAGCUGUUCCUUGCCACCCUGGUCCUCCACAGAGCAUCACUGCGCCUCGUCCACCAAGGUCCAUUUCCCGCCUGCAUCCCAGUGCAGCCAUGCUGGGCACGGCAGUGCGGCUCUCGGUCCUGCUCAGCCUCUUCGGCAUGGGGAAAGGCCAGAUCUUCCAUAUGGGACCGUGCCCAGAUCCAUCAGUUCAAGAAGAAUUCGAUAUCAACCAGUAUUUGGGGAAAUGGUACGAGAUAGAGAAGCUGCCCUCAACUUUUGAGAAAGGAAGCUGCAUCCAAGCAAAUUACUCAUUGAAGGAGAACGGGAAGUUCAAGGUGAUCAACAAGGAGAUGCUUGCCAAUGGGAACAUCAAUGAAGCUGAAGGAGAGCUCAUGCACAUGGAUGUAAAGCAGCCGGCCAAGCUGGGCGUCCGCUUUAACUGGUUCAUGCCUGCUGCCCCUUACUGGGUCAUCUCCACUGACUAUGAAAAUUACUCCCUGGUUUACUCCUGCACUAACAUCCUCUGGCUCUUCCACAUGGACUAUGCCUGGAUUCUGUCAAGAGCUCCUGACAUGCACCCAGAAACCGUGGAGCAGCUGAAGAGUGUUCUCCAGUCCUACAAGAUUGACACUGACAAAAUGAUGCCCACUGAUCAAACCAACUGCCCUGCUGAGAUGUAACUCCUGGCAUGCAGUGACACAGCACCAGACCAGAGAUAAACUUUGUUGCUUGCUUUAUUAUCCAUUAGAAUUUCUCUCUGUACCUGAGAAAUUUAUUAACAGUUGUUUCCUCUUUGCCAACAGUAGUUUGCCAGCCCAGAGUUACUCCUUGCUGUCAUUCCUCAUAUCACUCUUCCCCCUCUUUUUGUCUUGCUCUGACUUUUUCAGCAUAACUGACUGAGUCAGUGCUAAUGGUGAAAGAAAGAAAACCUGAAGUGCA